AUGCAAACUGUAUUGGCUGAUUCAACUCGUUAUAUGAUAAAAACGGACUUCAAGCUUCCCAAUUCUACGAGAAACAAUCGGCUCGCGUUGCCAGAGGCGGGUUACAGACCUCUCCGUAUCAAGGUGUUCAUGGUGGAUCCGAUGAAGGGUCACAACUGCACUAAUGAAGGGGAUAAGCACGUAAAUAUUUUCGGGAACACAAUGAGCUGCACCGCGAAUGAUGUCCUUACAGAGGAGAAGAAGAAGAUUCUGGAGCACACGAUCCUCCCCGAGGCUGUGAAGCUGCACUCUGGCCGCCUGUACGUGAAGCCAUCACAGUACCGUGUUGUUGCCCCGAACUUCAACGAUAACAAUCCCUGCGGUGAGCUGAACAUCCCUGAAGAGCACCACACUGAGGGUGUUGACGACGUCGACAUGGUGCUGUACGCCACUGCUGCGCCGACCGCUGAUGGCGCCUUUGCGUGGGCGGCGACGUGCGCGGUGCACCCCAAUGGGCGGCCGCUGAUUGGCGUGAUCAACUACAGCCCGCGCCACAUCGCACGCACGUCACAGGCCGUCCGCGUCGCCGCACACGAGAUUGCGCACACCCUUGGGUUCAACGUGGAGACCAUGCAUAAAGAAGCGAAGAAGAAUGGGAAGGGCGGAGUGACGGCCAAGAUCGCCCGCAAAAAGAAGGUCUUUGUUUUUGAUGCGGCGAAGAUAAAAUUAUGGGGAUCGUAUCACUACAAAUGCAAGAACUUUUAUGGCAUGGAGAUGGAGGACAGUAUGACGUGGACAGCAGAUGGGCAGCCAGCGGAAGUGCCGCAAAAUAGUGCUUUUAAUUUGUUGUCGACUCUUUCUAAUGGAAGAACAGAAAUAGAGUCUCUUGACGAGAGCAAGUGGAAGAAACGAGGGAGUAAAUGGGCUGAGUGGGAGUUGUCCACAAAGUUUGGUGUGAGUUCCCACUGGAAGCGCCUCGUUGCGAAGGACGAGUUGAUGGCAGGUCUUGUUGGCGCUGGAUACUACACAGGACUGACACUUUCAGCGUUCGCUGAUCUGGGGUAUUAUCAGGUCGAUUGGGCGAAGGCGGAGCCGAUGAGCUGGGGAAAAGGUGCUGAAUGCGAGUUUUUACAGAAAAGGAAGUGUGCUGAGGAUGGUGCGUCUAAGUACCCCAGCAUGUUCUGCGAAAAACCUGAUGAUGCUAUGCUGCGGUGCACGUCUGACCGUCAGGCGUUGGGGAAGUGUGCUACUAAAGAGUACGAAAACCUUCCUGAUAUAUACAGCUACUUCAAAACCCCGAGGGAUGGUGGCAAGAUUCUUGGUGGAAGGCGGGAGGACAUGAUGGACUACUGCCCCAUUAUUGUCGCAAGCAAAGGCUACAGCUGUGUAGAUGGCAACCAGAACAACAUGCCGGGGAGUCUGGUCGGUGAGAACUCGCGGUGUGUGAAGGGCAACGAUCUGACUGUCUUGGGAAACGAGGUUGGCGACGUCUGCGUGCACGUAACGUGCAAGGAGAGGUCGGUGUAUGUGCAGUACGCUGGUGCCCCCACGUAUUCCUUGUGCCCGGAGGGGGGGUUCCUGAAGGUGGACGGUAAGUUCAAUGGGAACGGUAACAUCACUUGCCCGCGGUACGAGGACGUGUGCACCACCAUGCUGCCGCCGGAGACUGAGGGCAGCGCGGCACAGUUUGUUUUCGACGUUUCCGCCGUGCGGAUCAGCAUGGCUGGAGAACGGGACAUUGAGGACCCAAUGCCUGCAAAACAGGAGGAGAAUCAACCUCAAGUUGCACAGGCCACCCAAAGCAACGAUGUCACCGUCGCUAACACAGAUGCCACCGUCGCUAACACAGAUGCCACUGUCGACAACACAAAUGUCCCAAGCCGCACGGGGGAUCCCGAGACUGCUCAGCCUCAGCAGGCGACGGCCAACCAGGUCACAGGUAAUUCAGCAGACAACACAAAUGAUGCGACCGACAGAGAGGUGCUGUCUUCUGUUACGAGCUCCUCGGUGUCGCCGAGGGAAGCUGUCACUGGUGAAUCAGAAAACAACAGUGCGCUUACGACCAGUGCUAGCCACCAUCAGGCCACCUCCCCUACGGUCAGAGCUGCAACAGAAACGUCACCAACGUCUAACAGCAAUUCUGACACUACUCCCAGUGCUUCUGUUGAAGGACAGGAGACCGUGACAGCACACAGCACGAACCUUGAUCUCAAGCUGAAUGCUGAUGGUGGUGCUGCUGCCUCCGCUUUGAUGCCUUUUGUGUUGGCCGUCGUGGCCGCCUCUGCGAUCAUGGCGCACUGA